GCGCGCCAGCGGACGGUAGGCAACCACAGUCGAGUUUGUGUUAUGGCGACGAGCGGAUGGCGUCCACCGUUGCGCUACUUCGCGACUCGUCGGACGACCGGGAGAAUUUCGACGACGGAGAAACGGACUGCGUACAAGUCGGACGCAAGAGAAAGCUGACUGUCUUUUUUUACCCGCUGCUGCUCGUCUUCUGGCUGCUGCGAUGGGUCUUCUACCAGUUCUUUCUCGUGCUGUGUUUCGUCUGCCGCGGGUUCGUCCCGCGCCGCCAUCUAGCGACGGCCGAGACAACCACCACCAUGGCGACGGCUGAGGAGCCAGACGCGAACCUCCUGAUCCGACAAAAACAGCACCACAAGAAAGCGUUCGACUUCAUCUCGAAAGCGCUCAAGUACGACGAAGAAAAUGAAGACUUCAAGGAGAUGUCGAUCGACUUGUACCGCAAGGGCAUUGAAGAACUCCAGAAGGGGAUUGCCAUUGACUUCUCCAAGGGUCAAGGUACGACGUGGGAAAGGGCCCACAGGCUGAGUGACAAGAUGAAGGUGAACCUGGAGAUGGCACGGGACAGGCUCGACUUCCUCGAGAGCAUGGUGAAGAUCGAGCACCUGGGGGACCACUUGCCGUGGCACGGGGGCGUGGCACCCGCCCAGCGCGGCCAGAGGAGGAGGGCGUGGCAGAAGGCGGCGCCGUCCGCGCCCAGCGAGCCCGGCACGGGCCCGUCCUGGCUCAAGAUGGCCGAGAAUGGGCCGGCCAAGGGAGGGCCCUGCCCAACGUCGCCCCGGCUGCAGAGGAGCAACACGGGGGUGACCCUCCGUAGGCAGCAGCAGCAGCAGCAGCCCGUGGGGGUUUCCACGGUGUCGCGGUCCCAGACACUCCCACGCAACAGCGUACCCUGCCCCCGGAUGAGCGCCCGGUCUCCCUCCCGCAAGGCCGGCAACAACGAGGCGGUGCCCACCCCCAACACGGCACGCCGGCGUGCCUCCCAGCCCCAGGUGCCGCCCGUCCACCCCAGGGGACGCCAGCCGACAACUCGCGGCGGUGCCGCUCACCGUGGCGGCCCCCCCACGGUGUCCCAGCGCAGCUUGCUGUCCUCGCGGGUGCCACCGCUGAAGGGGGUGGACUCUCGACUGGCCCACCUGAUCCUGGACGAGGUGGUGGACGGGGCGCCCCCCGUGCUCUUCAGCGACAUCGCGGGACAGGAGGUGGCCAAGCAGGCGCUCAGCGAGAUGGUCAUCCUCCCCACGGACCGGCCCGAGCUGUUCACCGGCCUGAGGGCCCCCCCCAAGGGCCUGCUGCUGUUCGGGCCUCCCGGCAAUGGCAAGACGAUGUUGGCCAAGGCGGUGGCGCAUGAGUCCAACUCCACCUUCCUCAACAUCAGCGCUGCCUCGCUCACCUCCAAAUAUGUGGGGGAGGGUGAAAAACUUGUGCGAGCCUUGUUUGCAGUGGCGAGGGAAUUGCAGCCCAGCAUCAUCUUCAUAGACGAGGUUGACUCCCUGCUGAGUGAGAGGAAAGACAAUGAGCACGAGGCCACACGGAGGCUCAAGACGGAGUUCCUUGUCGAGUUCGACGGGCUUCACACGGGCAGCGAGGAGAGGGUCCUGGUGAUGGGUGCCACAAACCGUCCGCAGGAGCUGGAUGACGCCGCCCUCAGGCGCUUCACGAAGCGCGUCUACGUGACACUGCCCGACCACAACACGAGGGUAAUCCUGCUGGAGAAGCUGCUCAAGAAGCACAACAACCCCCUGAGUGCCGACAAGCUCAAGUACCUUGCCAGGCUCACGGAGGGCUACUCUGGGAGCGACCUGACGGCACUGGCGAAGGAUGCCGCCCUGGGUCCCAUACGAGAGCUGAAUCCUGAACAAGUUCGCUGUGUGGAUCCCAAGAAGAUGCGCAACAUCAGCCUCCAGGACUUCUUGGACUCCCUCAAGAAGGUCCGCCGGAGCGUGACGCCCCAGAGCCUGGACUUCUUCGAUCGCUGGAACCGGGAGUUCGGGGACAUCACCGUCUGACCUCCCCUCCGGAUCGGGCGCCCUUGGCGUCGAGUCGCGCCGCCCGCUCCUUGUCGUCCUCGUCGUUGUAAAUAUCGGACUAGUCUGCUAAUAUCCCCCGCUGUACAUAGCACCGCCGGAGCGCGGAGGACAAUCUCCACGAUUCGAGGCCCGGUUUUACGUGGCAACCGACUUGGCGUCCGACGUGCGCACCCUAAACGAGAACCGUCUUCUGUCGAGUGCCGACUAGGCUAGGCUACGGAAUGCUUUAGUUUGAACGGCCGGUUCGUGAGUAUGUCGCAACAAUACUUGUGAACGGCACUUGUGCAGUGCCGACUCGAACGUAACUUGGCGCCGAUGUCAUGCCCCGCCGGCACUAAGUUGGCGAGGUCGGUGCCAUUCCCACUGCCGACUGUAAUAGCGCUAAUGUAGCGCCGUGUUGGAUCGGCGAACAUGCCUAUGCGAGCAACCGGUGAACGGCAUUAACGUGUCGCCGAGGUCGCUUUUGUUUUGCUCCGUUUGUCCGAAACUUUGUCGUGCGGGAUUUGUUUUCACCGCGCGACAUUGACUGCCUGUAGGUAAAUCGAGAUACGACUGUUGUUACCAGACGGCAUUCCCUUUGUCGCAUCGGAGACGUUUUCCAUUCGGGUAUUUACUCCCUUGCCUCAAAAUCCGAACUCCGUUAGUUGCGUGUUAACGUUUACCGGGUGUUUCGGUCAUCCUCUGCCCGAGGUCGAACUAUGCAAUCUACUCUGUCGCGUUCGACCAGGGUCGUUGUUUUCAGCCGUUUGCAACUUACCUAAUUGCCAAAUAUUUUCCUUUUGAUAAGGACACACUUCACGAAGGGACGGAACACGCGGUUAGGCUCCCCGAUCGGCCGACGAGUCGACUGCCAGCUUCGUAGGUUUCGUCUAGCGUAGAUGGUACAUAGUACGUAGAAAUCCCUCGGGACUAGGCAAAGCUACCACCAUUUUAUGAACUCGAGAAGCAAUCUAGUGCCCCCUCUCUCGGCGUCAAAGGCCCGUUCACGGUACACCGCGGCUCUACUUCGGUACCACUACGCUUCGUUUCACACUGGGUCCAAGUGCAGCUGGGGCUGAAAUUCGACGGAGCCAGUUGGGCCACGCCAAAAGUGCUAGUCACGGUGCUCGGCGCCUUUCUGCGUCUGCUUUCACCGGCUACAAACCGAUUGCCUGCGGGAAGAAAAGCGAAGAAUCGAACGUAACUUGGCAUCUUUGCCAAGUUGUGUUUGAGUCGGCGCUGCAUCUAGCGUUAAUUUAGAGCUGCGAUGUAUGUGUGAUCGGGCCUGGAAAGCAUCCUACUAGAGGUAAUACUGGCCUCCCCAUAAUCGGCUGCGUCUUGUACAUAUGUAUAGAGCUUUUCAUAGGGCCGGGAUUGUUUUAGAGCGCGCUUUUAGUCGGAGCGAGCGACUCCCAUUCCAUCCAUGCAAUCGUCACGUGCGACCAGCCUCGCCUCGCCGUUUUGCCGAAGAGGUUGUCUAUUUUGCCCGCAAAAGUAUUUUUGCACUUUCGUCGUCUCUUUUUUGUUGCGCGUGGCUCGAAAAGUUUGUUUGCAGAAGAUUUGAAGGAAUGGGUGGCACUGGUGCUGAAACAACUCGCACGUGGAAUUUUUACGGAGUGGCAAACGUCAUAGUGAUGCACCAGAAGACGCGGGAAAACCAUUUCCUCGAUCGUCCAGUGACAAGACGGCCGCCAAUCACACUCUCAAACAAGGCUACGAGACCACACGGGCGUUGUUAAUCCAGUGGACGUAAACCUCUGUACUGGACAUUUUUUUUCUAGGCUGCAGCACGUUGAUGCGUAUCAGAAGCCCAACUUGCCGCUUAACAUGGCGCCGGUGUCAAUGUUUUGAAGAGUCGUUGGAGUCUGGGGCAUACGCGUUUGGUCAAAGCCUGGUUGUGCAAGCGUCGACGCCUAACACAAACCAUGGCGCAAGUUUUGCGUACGCGCCAACGUGCCGUUGCCCUUUGAAUUCGCCCCGUCGUGAACAAAGCGUGCACGACGAACACGUUGCACGCGUUUUCCUUAAGCUUGCGAUCGUGACUGGGUUUAGCCGAGUGUUCCGCCUACUUUGGCCGCUGGUCGGCGCGUGAUAACGGGCGAUAACUAUGCGAGCGUACCACGCAAUGGAAGAGUGAAUGUGUUGCAUCGAGACCGACCCCGAAUGAAUUUCUCUUGGCUGCGCAUUUGGUUACAUUUCUGCCCGGAGUGUCGGGACGUGUUUGGUGCUGAAUGAUGACCCGGUUUUAAAUAAAGCGGCGUUUUAAUACA